AUGGCUGCGCCGUACGCCGGAGGGUCUGUCUCGAGCAGCGGCUCGAGCGGCCCAGCCGCCGCUGCAGCAGCAGCAGCAGCAGCAGCAGCAGCAGGGGCGCCAGCAGCAGCAGCAGCAGCAGCAGCGGCGCAGCUGCUGUCGCCGGCCAACCUCGCCGCAGCCGCCAGGUGUCUGUACACCCGAAUCGACUCCUUCAACGGAGAAUUCAAAUUCCUUUCUUUGGACUUUCCUUCUCUCAUUUAUUUUCAAGGAAGGUUUUUUGCUUCUGCGCGCCACGCGCUGCUGGCAGCAAAACACCCUGCUGCAGAAGACCCGGACUGGCCGCGCUACCGCCUAAAAUGGAUGGAGCUGAUUCAGAGAGACAAGUUUCGAAGGAAUCCAGAGCUGCGGGAGAAGCUGAAGCAGACGGGGGGCAGGGAACUCGUUUGGCUAAACACUGGAGAUGCUUUCUUUGGACAAACAAGUCACUCGAGAGGACAAAACCACUUGGGAAGAAUUUUAAUGGAAAUAAGACAAAACAUUCUCGAAGACACGGAGCUCGAGUCGUGGCUGGUCAUUUGCCACGAUAUAGAAACAGAAGAAAGGUCUCUUCCAGUUUUGAGACUUUUGGAAAGAAGAGAAGGAGACUCCACCACUGUCGAGAUCUUGCUGCGCGGCAAGUCCUUCUACCGCAUUGGGAAGCUGGCAGACAACGACUUGGUGGCGCUAAACCCUUCCGUCUCCAGGCGCCAUGCAGCUUUGGUGGUUUUGAAAGGGGGACAUGUGCUUUUGAUUGACUUGAAGAGCAAAGCAAAGACGUUCAAGAACGGCAUGCCUCUAGACCACGACCACGUGGGAGUGCAGAUGCAAACCAACGACAGCUUCAGUUUGGGCGCGUCUAGCCGUCACUACCUCCUUGAGAUCGACACCACUUCCGUGGUGGAUUACCUCCAGCGGCGCGGCAGAGAGCUGAACAGAGAAAUUAAUUUAUUAAAUGAUCAAGUCAGCGAAGCAGCAGGAAUGUCCACUAAGAGUCUCACUAAGGUGUUUGUGGGGGGCCUCGCCUACAGCACCAGCCGCUACGACUUGUGCGAACUUUUCGCGGAAGUGGGAAAUAUAAAAUCCAUUAUCAUUCCCCAAGUCGACAGAUCCAUUCCUCCAGACUAUGAAGGAGCUUAUUCCGUGAGGGGAAUUGCCUUCGUCGAAUUCGGCGAUGCCGAGUCCGCCAAAAAAGCCCUCGAGUGCGACGGCCGUCUUGUCAAUGGGAGAACUGUGGCGGUGACCCCGGCGAACUUGACGCGAGAGGAAAGAGCAGCAAAAGAAGAACUUAUGGCUGAGGGGGAAAUGAACUUUGUUGCUGCAACGGAGAAGACGUUUGAGCACCCGACGCACGGGUCCAUGCGGACAGGCCACGGGCUGGAGGACUCUGCUGCUGCUGCUGCAGGAGGUGCUGCUGCUGCUGCUGCUGCUGCGCUGCUGCAGCAAGCAGACCCCCUCACUGGAGAACCCCGCGGCAGCAAAAGGGGACACUGGGGCCACGACGACAGAGCAGCAGAGCAGCAAGGAAGGAGACAGUUGACAAAUGCUGAAGUGCGGCGGCUGCAGGGGGACUGGCAGCAGCAGCAGCAGCAGCAGCAGCAGCAGCAGCACGGCGGCGGCCUGCGCUCCGAGGCCGAGGGCGCCCGCGAGGCGCGCUUCGCUGCUGCUGCUGCUGCUGCUGCUGCCAGCAGCAGCAGCAGCAGCAGGAACAUGUACACCGGCGAGUGGGGCCCCACAGAUAAUGACAAAAAGGAGAGACACAGGAGAAGCCGCAGCAGAAGCAACGAAAGGAGGAGACACAAAAGCAGCAAAAGAGACAGGGACUAA